GAGGUGUCUCCACCCCACGGGGGGUUGGCCAGGGCAAGGCAGCAGCGAGCCCUCACUCUGCUGCUGCCUGGGGCGCCUGCAAGCAUGGCCCAGAGCGUGGUCUACGCCGACCUGAAGUUCGCAGCAUCCCCGCCGCUGGCCGUGCCCUCCUGCCCCGCAGCCCCCGAUGAGGACGACAGCCCCUACGAGAACGUGCUGCUGGGGACGGUGCCUGCAGAGCAGAGCCCAGGUCAGAGCCCGGCCACCGACACGAGGAUGCUGAGGCGCAGGGUGGGCAGCGGGGGGCGGCAGUGGGACCAUGGGUGAUGCUGUGCUCACAGCUCAGCUCAUCUCAUGUCACCUCUUGCAGGGCGAUGGCCCCGGCGCUGGCGUGUCCCCAUGGGGCCGCUGGCCACCAGCCUGCUGGUGCUGCUGGUGCUGCUGGUGGUGGGCACCGUGGCCCUGGGGACCUGCUACUGGCAGGUCACCCGCAGCCUGCGGGACGCCUCCCGGGAGCACGCGGCCGAGCAGGGCCGCCUGGAGCAGGAGCUGAGCGCCCGGGAGCAGCGCCUGGAGCAGACGCGGCUGGAGCUGGUGAGGGCCAGAGCGGAGCUGGGGCGUGCGUGGUGGGACGGCAACAGGAGCCGAGCGGAGCUGGAGCUGCGGGACGCGGAGCUGGGGCGCGCCAGGCAGGAGCUGGCCGAGCUGCACAGGGAUGUGCAGCGCCUGCAGGGAGAGCUCAACAGCAGCCAGAGCACCGUGGCCAGCCUGCGCGCCUGCCUGAACACAGAGUGCUGCCCCUCGGGCUGGGUGCUCUACAGGGGCAAGUGCCUCUUCAUCUCCGUGGAGAGCAAGACGUGGAGGGACAGCCGUCAGUACUGCCAAAGGAUGUCUGCUCAGCUGCUGGUCCAAGGCGACUGGCCAGCGUGGACAACGCCGGUACAGAGCAGAGGGGCUGCAGCACCCCAGGGCUGGGGGCAAUGCUGGGGCGGGCAGAUCCAGCAGCAGCAGCGCUGCGGAGGUGCUGGGGGCCACCACCAGACCUGGGACUCUCGGGCACCCAGUGGGCUCUGGGCAAGGGCAGGCGGUCAACAGCUUCUCUCCCCCCAACUCUUUGAGCAGGGGAAUGGUGCCGUGUACUGGGUCGGGGAGAGAUACAAAAGUCAUCUCGAUUCACGUGAGGACACGUAUAGAUGGCAAUAUAAAGAGUAA